AUGGACAUCCUACACCCUUCUUCCUCUGCUACUUGCGCUUACCAUAUCUUUCUAAGCUUCAACUGUGCUGACAUCCGAAAACACUUCACAGAUCACCUCUACACAGCCUUCUGUAACGCUGGAUUCCACACUUUCCGAGACGACCAUGAAAUCCAGAAACGCCAGCGAAUCGACUCCAUGAUGUCGGUUAUUGUUUUCUCCCGAGAAUAUGCUUCUUCUGAAUGGUGUCUGGAUGAGCUGGUUCGCAUUCUUCAACGAAGAAACUCUGAUGAUCGUCAUAGGCUUUUCCCUAUCUUCUAUAAUGUGGAACCCACAGAGGUGGGAUAUCAGAAGGGGAGCUUUAAAGAAUGUUUUGAUAGAUAUGAGGGAAGUGGUGAGCAUUCAAAGGAGAAGAUUGAUGAAUGGAGAGAAGCCUUAAAGGAAGUUUCCAAAUUGACGGGAAAAGUGUUACAAGAUGAAUAUAAUGGGCAUGAAGCAGAAUUCAUCCAGACAAUCGUGAAAGAGGUAGGAAUAAUAUUGAAACGAGAAGUCUUAGUUGUUGCUUCAUAUACAGUGGGGGUUGAAUCUCGAGUUAAAGACAUUGACCUAGGGUUAAAAGAUCCCGCUGAUGUUGGGAUAGGAGUGAUUUGCGGGAUGGGAGGGAUUGGAAAAACUACCAUUGCCAAAGUGGCUUAUAACUUGAAUUUUUUUUAUUUUGAAACUUGCAGCUUUCUUGCAAAUAUAAGAGAAGCUUCUAAUGAACAAAAUGGUUUACUACAUUUACAAAAUCAACUCCUUUCAGAUAUAUGUAAGGAGCAAAAGAAAAAAACAUAUAACACGGGUGAGAGUAUUGUCAACAUUCGGAAUGCUUUAUGCACAAAAAGAGUUUUGGUUAUUCUUGACGAUGUGGAUCAAAUUGAACAUGUCGAUGCUUUGAUAGGAGUUGAGGAUUCGUUUCUUAAAGGAAGUAAAAUCAUCAUCACAACUCGUGAGCGAUUACCAAGUCGCCAAAAACAUAAAACUUUUAGGAUUAAGGAAUUGGAUGAUCAGGAAUCUCUUCAGCUCUUUAGUUGGCACGCCUUCUCCAAAGAUCUUCCGAUGGAAGGCUACUUGGAACUUUCGGAGAAAAUCAUUCGAUACUUUGAAGGUGUCCCUUUAGCUCUUCAGGUCAUGGGUUCUUCUCUAUUUGGCAAAAACACAGAUGUUUGGGCAAGUGCUUUAGAAAAUCUGGAAGCAAUAACAGAUAAACAAGUUUCCAAGAUAGUAGAGAUGAGCUACAAGUCGUUACAUGAAGAUCACGACAAACAAUUAUUUCUGAUGAUCGCUUGGUCUUAUGUUGGGAAAAACAUAGAUGAUGCAGUGAAACUGCUGGAAGAAUAUGAUUUCUAUUCUAAGGUUGGUAUGAGGAAACUCAUGGACAAAUAUCUCAUAAGAGUUGACAACAACAAUAAGCUCGUUAUGCAUCCCUUGGUUCAUGACAUGGCGAUGGCAAUCAUCCAUCAASAAACMAUUGAUAGUCCYGAGAAAYAUKAUUUCUACAAUUCRACAGGCACAAAAUCUGAGACUGUCACAUGUGAAGGAUCUCUACUGUACAAGAAUGAUAACUGUGGAAAGCGAAAGCAUCUGGACGACAGUGAAGACGAAUCAAUGCCUACAAACGAAGAAACGUCAAGCUCGUUUAAGCGUUUGUGUCUUGGUUUCUUCUCCUUGUUCGAGCAUGCAACUCGCAUAACGAAACAUCUCACUGGACAACAGAGGUAG